AAGCAGCCCGAGCGGGUCCGUGGCCUUCGCAGCGUCUGGGCCGCCAAGGUCUGGGCGCAUUACCGUCGCCUCUUGAAGCCCCUGCGAGUUGAGGGCCUGUGGGCGUGGCAGUCAGCGGCGCGGGCGAUCCGGGCCGCGGGGGUGCCCGUUCAGUCGGGCACCGUGCCCGUGGAGCGCUUGUGGGAGUGUCUUAAGGGGAUGCUCCCGCGGGGCGCUCGCGCGUUGUCGCUGCGCUGGUUCAACGUCCUCAGCCAGCUCGCUUUCCUGUGGUUUAAUUACCGCCACUACGGCACUGGUUGUUUGCCGCCGCGGGCAGAGCGAGACGCCCUGCUGGCGCAGCGCUUGGAGGCCGUUGUCACGCUCGGGGUUGAGCUCGAGGAUGACGACGGCCUCGAGCAUUUGAAGCAUGUGUUCGCACCCUUCCUGUGA